AUGGGCACCAAGGACGUCCGUCUGGACCCCGCCCUCAACAAGAAGGUCUGGGAGGCCGGCAUUAAGGGCGUUCCCUUCCGUCUCCGUGUUCGCAUCUCCCGCAAGCGUAACGACGAGGAGGGCGCCAAGGAGAAGCUCUACUCCAUGGUCUACGCCGUCAACGUCAAGGACGUCAAGGGUCUCCACACUGCCGUUGUCGACGAGGAGUAA